UCCUCGGCAUUUUUUUGCGAGCAGUGCACCCAGAAUCCAAAAAAGACUUUAAAAAGAAAGACGGAAAGAAUCCACAGUUCUUUUGGUCAUCUGAACAGGGCUACGAAAUCGCUCUACUGGAUAUCAGCACCAGGGAUUCAUUUUUGAGGUCAAUUUCCAAUCGAGAUAAAUCUAUUGGAUUAGUAGGAUUAUCUGAUUGCAGCUGAAAGAAGUAACGUUGUUUGAUCAUUUGUAUUUCUUGCCUGAUGGUCGGAUUUACAUGGAGAUGGCUUUGAGUCUCAAAGAUUCUGGAUCGUGGUUGCAUCUGGAGAGAAAAAAGGAUCAAUCGACACGUUUUGGAAGUGUCCGUGGGUGAAUAAAAAAAGAAAAAAAAAAAGGAAAGGGGGGGUGCAAAACUGGGGUUGCGGCUGCUUAGAGAAGAAAAAAAAGAAAAAAAUAAAGGAAGCAUCUUGAAUUCUGAAACAAGAAUUAACCGGGUGCUCGAGAUUCCAAAAUAAGCGUCUAGGAACUGGUAAAUACUUAGAGCAAUUCAGCUUGAAUUUGACGGCGAAGUGUUGUAGAAACUGUCUCCUUGAAUUAUUGGAAGGGGACUGGGGGAAGAUGAGGGGGCUCCUUCUGUGGAUUUAUCUUACUGAGGGAUAUAGACCUGCAGCUAACUGGAUUUGAUUUAUAAGAGGGAAAUGUACAGUCAAUGGCCACUCUCACUACGUUGCUACUAUGGAAAACAGAAUGGUCAAUAGGAUAUGGUCUGAUAAAUAGCGAUGAUUGAAGAUGCUACUUCAAUACAUGUGAAAUCAAUGGGAGAUACUGGCUGCAUGAAGAGCUUUCUGAGCUUUUCUUGACAAGCUCGCCUUUGAGAAAUCUGAGGUGUAUUCUACCGUUAUACGGUUUUUCUCAAGUGGAUACAAACACCUUUGCCUCACUGCAACCAGACAACUACACAACUGAUGUGGGACCAUGGCGCUGCCCAGAUGCAUGUGGCCAGCUUAUGUUUGGAGAGCAGUAAUGGCAUGCUUGGUACACAGGGGAUUGGGUGCCUCAUUGACUCUUUGUGUGUUGGGCUGUUUGCUUCAGGCUGCCCACGUGCUCUCACAAAAAUUGGAUGAUGGAGACCCACUGGUGACUACCAACUUCGGCAAGAUAAGAGGGAUUAAGAAAGAACUCAAUAAUGAAAUUUUGGGCCCUGUUAUUCAGUUUCUUGGCAUUCCAUAUGCAGCCCCGCCAACAGGAGAACAUCGUUUUCAGCCUCCAGAACCACCAUCUCCUUGGUCAGAUGUCAGGAAUGCUACUCAGUUUGCUCCUGUGUGUCCCCAGAAUAUCAUUGAUGGCAGAUUGCCAGAAGUCAUGCUUCCUGUGUGGUUUACUAAUAACUUGGACGUGGUUUCAUCAUACGUACAAGACCAGAGUGAAGAUUGCCUGUAUUUAAACAUAUACGUCCCAACUGAGGAUGUAAAAAGAAUAUCCAAGGAAUGUGCCAGAAAACCCGGCAAGAAAAUAUGUAGAAAAGGAGAUAUUCGGGACAGUGGGGGUCCCAAACCAGUGAUGGUGUAUAUCCAUGGUGGCUCAUAUAUGGAAGGGACUGGAAAUUUAUAUGAUGGGAGUGUCUUGGCAAGUUAUGGCAAUGUGAUCGUCAUCACAGUCAACUAUCGACUUGGGGUACUCGGUUUCUUGAGCACAGGGGAUCAGGCUGCAAAAGGAAACUAUGGACUCCUUGAUCUCAUACAGGCUUUAAGAUGGACUAGUGAGAAUAUUGGAUUCUUUGGUGGUGACCCCUUAAGAAUCACUGUUUUUGGAUCUGGUGCUGGGGGUUCAUGUGUCAAUCUGCUGACUUUAUCCCAUUAUUCUGAAGGUAACCGUUGGAGCAAUUCAACCAAAGGACUUUUUCAACGAGCAAUAGCUCAAAGUGGAACUGCCCUUUCCAGCUGGGCUGUUAGUUUCCAACCUGCAAAAUAUGCUAGAAUGUUGGCCACAAAAGUUGGUUGCAAUGUUUCAGAUACAGUAGAGUUAGUGGAAUGCCUACAGAAGAAGCCUUACAAAGAACUUGUUGACCAAGAUAUUCAACCAGCACGAUACCACAUAGCCUUUGGACCUGUGAUUGAUGGUGAUGUAAUACCAGAUGAUCCUCAGAUAUUGAUGGAGCAAGGAGAGUUUCUCAACUAUGAUAUAAUGUUAGGAGUUAACCAAGGGGAAGGGUUAAAAUUUGUUGAAAAUAUAGUAGAUAGCGAUGAUGGUAUCUCCGCUAGUGAUUUUGACUUUGCUGUUUCUAAUUUUGUUGAUAACUUAUAUGGAUACCCUGAAGGCAAAGAUGUUUUGAGAGAAACCAUUAAAUUCAUGUAUACUGACUGGGCUGACCGUCAUAACCCUGAAACCAGAAGGAAGACAUUAUUAGCUUUGUUUACGGACCAUCAGUGGGUGGCACCAGCUGUAGCUACAGCAGAUCUUCACUCAAACUUUGGUUCACCCACAUAUUUCUAUGCCUUUUACCAUCAUUGCCAAACAGAUCAGGUUCCAGCUUGGGCUGAUGCAGCUCAUGGUGAUGAGGUUCCCUACGUACUAGGAAUCCCCAUGAUUGGACCUACAGAGUUAUUUCCUUGCAAUUUCUCCAAAAAUGAUGUGAUGCUGAGUGCAGUCGUAAUGACAUACUGGACAAAUUUUGCUAAAACUGGUGACCCAAAUCAACCAGUCCCUCAAGACACAAAAUUCAUCCAUACCAAACCCAACCGCUUUGAAGAAGUAGCAUGGACCAGAUAUUCCCAGAAAGACCAACUUUAUCUCCAUAUUGGAUUAAAACCAAGAGUUAAAGAACAUUACAGAGCCAAUAAAGUAAACCUCUGGUUGGAGCUGGUACCUCAUCUGCAUAAUCUCAAUGACAUUUCUCAGUAUACCUCGACAACAACUAAAGUGCCAUCAACUGACAUCACUUUCAGACCUACGAGAAAAAAUUCUGUAUCUGUCACAUCAGCCUUUCCCACUGCCAAGCAGGAUGAUCCCAAACAACAACCGAGUCCAUUUUCAGUGGAUCAAAGGGACUACUCAACAGAGCUGAGCGUCACUAUUGCAGUUGGAGCAUCACUGCUGUUUCUGAACAUCUUGGCCUUUGCAGCCCUGUACUACAAAAAGGAUAAGAGGAGACAUGAUGUUCACAGGAGAUGCAGCCCUCAGCGCACGACUACGAAUGAUCUGACCCACGCACAAGAAGAGGAGAUCAUGUCCCUCCAAAUGAAGCACACCGAUUUGGAUCAUGAAUGUGAGUCCAUCCAUCCACAUGAGGUGGUUCUUCGGACCGCCUGCCCCCCAGAUUACACACUAGCUAUGAGGAGGUCACCUGAUGAUGUUCCCUUAAUGACACCCAACACCAUUACAAUGAUUCCCAACACUAUAACAGGGAUUCAACCCUUACACACAUUCAAUACAUUUACCGGAGGACAGAACAAUACUCUGCCCCAUCCUCAUCCCCACCCCCACUCACAUUCAACAACCAGGGUAUAGCCAGAUAAGAGAAGCAAACUCUAUUUUUUUGAUGGAUUGCAGUAAAAGAUUACUGAAGAUUCCUUGGCUUUCAACCUACAAGACGCUUACUAUUUAAAUAAGGAGGAAUAUUAUGUGAAUAUACAUAUCAAGAACUUGGGGGGAUUUGAAAAAAACAUGAAUUGUACAUAUAUACACAAAUCAACUUUAAAAACGAAUUUCAAUUGCUUGAAGCAAUUGUUCUGAAUGAUACUUUUUCAUUCACAUUCAAGAAUUAAUUUUUUGAAGAUUUAUGUUACAUGAUGGAAUUAGGCAUGUGGAACACCAAACAGGAAAGAACUAUGUCUGAAAUAUAAAAUAUAAAAAAUUAAAAAAACAACCAUGAAUAUGCACAAGGGACACACCAAUGGAAUGUCAGAUAAUUUUCACCAGUUUUUAUUUGGAGCUGUUUUAUUGUGUAGACCAUAUUUACAUAUUUGGAUAAGUACACAAAGCACCAAUGCUGUUAAUGGCCUUAGCGGAGGCUCAUGGUGAAAUUUGCCAGUAAAACAACGAAGUUUAAAGACUGGCAGGUACAACAUUAUCACAUAAGUGCUGUCAGUAUAAAGUUGUGGGGAUAAAGGAAACUGGAUAUUUUUAGCACGAUGUGCAUGUUAAUUUAUAUGCUUGGUGGCUGUGCUGCUGAUUAAGCCGUAAUUAAAAUUCUUCUCAUCCCAUUGGAGUUUUUAAUAGAAGCUUCCUCCAUCAAUUGGCAGAACCUAAAGAAGAUUUUAAGGGGCAAAAGUAAUUACAAUAAAAUAAUUCACAGUAGUUUUGAUAAUAGACGGAAUUAGUUAUGGAAGGUAUUUGAAGAAACUAUAGGUAUAGUGGUGAAUACUCGCUGAUAUGAAUCCCAGAAAAAAAAUUCCUAUGUUUUUAAUAUUCUUUUCAUUCCCAUCUAAGUACUUCAUGGAAAUAUAACCCUAACUGGACAUGUGUUACAGGAUCUAUACUUUGCUGUGGUUUUUGUUACUCUGUAUUUUGUUCUUUUUGGUAAGGUGAAGUGUGUCCAAAGAGUUACUUACUAGUCUUUUAUGAUAUAAGGAUGCCCCAAAUUACCACUCUGAUUACAGUUCUCAGUUCAUUGAUUUACUCAUGUUGCAUGACAAAAUGUUUACUAAUAAUAACUCAAUAUAAAGUUAUGUCCCUUCUCACGUCACUUAUCUUUCUCACUGAGGUUCAUUCACUGGAAUUUAUUCACGCAAUCUCAGUAGAGUGCAACGUAGAUGCAAAACCUAGAAGGAGAGUCAACACCUGGAGGAUUUUAGUCUUACACAUGCGUGUGAUUUUAAAUGAAUAUUCUAAGACCACAGGAAACUCUUCAUCCCCCUGUUGUUUACCAGUAACAGUAUAUCACAGACCUUUCCAAAUGUUUGUAUAUGUAAUCAGAUGUACAUUUGUAUUAAAAAAAAUUGAGAUGGACUUAAAGAGCACAUCCUGAUAAAUACUUUCUCUCUUACCUGUACUAUAUUUCUAUUAGACUAAAGUUAUGUGAUUUUUUUUUACAUUUUUUCAGAUGACUAGCAAUUUUGAUAGUUUGUAAGAUAAUGCAAAGAACUUUCUCUGACAAACUAACUGCAGUAACAGAAACCUUUCUUUUCAGUUACUCUUUUUCAAGAAUGAAAGCUUAUUAUACAAAAAAAAUUGUAUACUACUUGAUGGAAACAACUUUGUACAUCUUGGCCAUGUCACUGGUCAUUGCGUGAAAUAAAGAUAAUAAUGACUAUUAGUCCAAUGCUAAGAGACAUGAUCUUUGCUCAUUAAAGAGCUAAAAUGUU